UCAGGCAGGGCCCCACACGUUGCUCGGCUGAUGACUGUGGUGGCUGUAACUCCAGGUGCCUGCUUCGAUCCCCAGUUUCCUGGGGUUCCCCUGGGGGUACGGGGAGCUGCAGUUUGCAGGCUGCUGGUUGCAGAAUGGCUGCCAGCCGGUGCUCGGGGGGCUUGGCCAAGGGCAGAGGAGAAAUUAUGAGAUUAAUUCAGCAAAUACUGCUGUGCCACACUUCAUAAAGGGCCCAGGAGAGGCCUGGACAGCCAUGGCCAUCUUUUUGUAUCUGCUAACUGGUGGACAGUUGAGGCAUCAGUCUGCUCAGUGAGUUGCUGUGGGGGCUCCCUUGGCCAGGACAGAGGGCUUGCCAGCUGGCAGUGGUUGUCCCACAGGCAGCUGCCAGCCCUGGGAGCUGGAAGCUGCCAGGUGUGUUGCUCUCAAGUGGGUGACAGGAGCAUUCCUACCUCAGCCAUCCUUGAGGGAUUCUGGGGCACAGCCUUCCUGCCUCAGCACCUGAAAUAGGGGAUGUACCCCCAUACCCCCCCCCCCAAUGGGUCACUGCAGUGGGGGACCACAGGGCUUUGGCAGCAUGUGGGGUCUGUGUUGCCACCUCAGCUGGUAGCAACGCCCUGUAACGUAGCAGCAGCACAGAAAAGCCAUGAGGGAGGGACUGUGCUCCCUGUGUUCGGGCUUUUAAGCAGAGGAAGAUGCUGAAGGCUGCAAAGCCUGGAAAGUGUUGGGGAGGUCCACUCCUGGGGACAGGGAGGUAGUGAGGUGAAGGGGUUUGCUUUUGGAGAGGUUGAGAGAGAGGUGAAGGGUGGUGGUGAGGCACCGGGAAGCAGCCCUGGAGCUGUGGCUGCAUGGAGGCAUGUGCACCCUGUGCAGGGAGGGCCGCGAGCAGCUGGCAUGGCCUGGAGGGGACCAGGCAGCCCAGGGCCAGACGCUCACGUACUGGGAGGGGGUAGGCAGGAAUGCCUGGGCGGGGGCCUGCCUCCUGCCCAACCCAGCGGUGUCCCAGGGCCACCGGGGUCGCUCCUCUGUGACCUCACCGUGGAGCUGGUGCCAGGGCGCGCCAUGCAGUCCUGGCUCCUGCUGCUUGUCCUGCUGCUGGGGACUGCUCCCAUGCAGCCCCUGCGCCAGAGGGUCAGCUACUCAGUCCCUGAGGACUUCUCUGCUCCCUUGGAGCUUCCACAGGAGCACUUCGGCCUGGUGGAUGAUUACGGCAUCAAACCCAAGCAGCCUCGCUUCAGGACCCAGGCAGCCCGGGAGCGGCCGGCGGGGCUGCGCAGAGCUGGCAAAAGCAAGCGUGAUGAGCUUGACUUGUUGGAGUACUACUACGAUGCCCACCUGUGAGCCAGCGUGCCCCUGUGCCCACCGCAGCCCAGCCUCUGGGACACCCCACCUGCUCUCUGCUGCUGCAGGACAGGGGAUCUCGGACCAAACCUGAGAAGCUCCAGCUACUCUUGGGGUCCCAAGGGAAGGAACAAGGCAGGGCCCAAACCCGCUGCGGUGGGACACAAACAGCACGGCAGCCCUGCGCCAUGAACCAUCAUA